UCUCGCUCGAAACGGUCGUACCACAUCGGGAAAGCAAGUCGCAGUCUUUCCCCAGGCGGAUAUAUUUACGAAACUUCGACGAGCCGCCGAAGAAAAAGUGAAAACAAUUAACUUUUCUCUCUUUAGUGAAUGAGCAUCUGCCGGGAGCAGCAGUACUCAUCCCAGCGUGAAUGGUGAUAACGAAACUGAAAAUGAAGCUUUUCAGGUCCAGGUUGGCAAAAAGCAGAUAUGCCCAGCUGAUUGCGGUUGCUUUUGUGAUGCUUCAACCACCGGUCAGGGCGCAAGAUUACGACGUGACUGAUAUUCAGUGCUCGUUUGCAUCGCAGGGUUCCAACCUGGGUGACAUCAUAACGGCCAAGCUGAAGAAACCCAUCAGUUUCAAGGGGGCACCGCUGUUUGCCGACGACCGUGCCGUCAACCCGGAGGCCGACUUCGCAUGCUCAAUCAAGCAGGACCGGAAAGACCCCAGCGAUCUUAGCUACGACCUCAAGAUCACGGACUUCUCACGCUGCGGUGUGCUGAAAAGGAAUGGUUUCGUCCACGUGCGAAUCUGGUUCCCGCAGUUCCCAUCGGUGGUAAUGCAAUCCGACCAGGAACUGAUAAUCAUGUGCAAGCCGCCGGAGCCCACAGUUAUUCAGAACAAGGCAGCAGGAUUUGCCGGCAGUUUCCCUCACGGAGCACGCGUUUCUGGUGUGGUGGAAGAAACACCCGGUCGCCUGGAGUACGAAGUUGCCCUAUAUAAGGAGGCACCUCCAAUCGCAAGGAUUGCUGGAAUGAAGAAUCAUUCGGCUUCGAAUACCCUACCGGCGGUAACGAACAAUGAAGUUCCGGUAGAUCAGGCCGUUCCGAUUGGGACGAAGCUGCAGCUGAGAGCUCGAAUCAGCGCUCAAAGCGUAUGGAAGUAUGUCAAACUACUGGAGGUCACUGUUUCACCGGACCCAGAUGAUCCGCAUGCUGCUGGAUCGGUUUCCCUGGUUCGUGAAGGCUGCCGCAAUCGGGAUUUUGCAUCGAUCAUCCCUCAUCAACCGGCUCGUUACCGUGACAAACCGAAUGAAGUUUUCCUGGAUUUUGAAGCCUUCUUGUUGAGCUCAAUGAAAGAGCGCAGUACCCUGUGGAUCCAUUCGCAAAUAAAGGCCUGCAUGGAUGCGAUGGAUUGCCAACCGGACUUCUGUCUUGAUCUAUACGAGCCAACGAAGCGAAAGGGGUUAGGACGACGUCGAAGAUCUGUCGGGGAUGUUGCAUAUGGUAAUCUCUUGUCGAUGAUAGGACAUGAUCGAUUCCGAAGGUCAUCCGGUACACUCAAUACAACGGAGUUCACGAAGUUCAACGAGAACAUCGAGUACACCGUUCUGAUGCCCGGCCAGUAUGAUGAUUUAAGGUAUCAGGAGGUUCCGGAUCAGUGCAAAAACUUCGUCAUGAUAUCUGGACUGCUAGCUGGACUUCUCGCGUUAUCAACCAUUAUUACUUGCGGAUUGGCGUCGAGGAUGCAAGGGAAUGGGAAAAAAUCAUCACUCGAUGAGCUGAACGUGAAGGGCUACUCCGGUCGUGCAAUCGUUCAGUAACGCAAGUCUGAAUCAAUUUGUGUUCUAAUCGACGUAAAUAACCCGUUGGGUAUAGCAUCGAUCAACUGUCGCAUACCGUAACUGGAUCGAGAAUUUUAAAUCAAAGAUAAAAUGACAAUUUAAGUUUGCAAUCUACUAGAAUGAAUGAUACAGAAUCUGUAAAUUUAAGAAGCUAGACAAAACAAAUAUUUAGAGCGUAAGGUAGAGUUUAGCCGAGAUUAUCGAGAACAAUCACCACAUCGCGAACUAAGCCCAAUUUUUAAGUUGCUAGUAAAGUUCGAGUUUGCCUUUAAAAAUUGGGCUUACCGGUUAAAGUGUGAGCCAAACCGGUUUACGAAGCUUAGGGAAGCACUUUUGUAGACACAAGCUAGACUGCAUUUUCACUAGAUUAUAUACUAACGCGAAAAACGAAACAUCGAAAAGGGUAAUGUUGUUGGGAGACCGUACUUUGGAAGCAUUUAAUGUAAACUCUAUUAAAAA